CGUGAUAGGUACAGCCUUCCUCAGUGGAGAAACAGGAGUGAGCUGGGGAGAAACAAUCCCAGUUGGGAUGAUGGUUUCUCCUAGCAAGGCUGUGAUUGUUCCUGGGAACGGAGGAGGUGAUGUGGUGACCCAUGGUUGGUAUGGAUGGGUCAAAAAGAGACUGGAGAAGAUACCCGAUUUCCAGUGUUUGUCUCAAAAUAUGCCUGACCCAAUUGUAGCUCGAGAAAGUGUUUGGCUGCCAUUCAUGGAGUCUGAGUUCCAUUGUGAUGAGAAGACAAUCAUCAUAGGACACAGUUCUGGUGCCAUUGCUGCCAUGAGGUAUGCAGAAACACAUCGUGUAUAUGCUAUCAUACUAGUGUCUGCAUAUACAUCAGAUUUGGGGGAUGAGAAUGAACGAGCAAGUGGAUACUUCAACCGUCCUUGGCAGUGGGAGAAGAUCAAGUCCAAUUGCCAACAUAUAGUACAGUUUGGGUCCACUGAUGAUCCUUUCCUUCCUUGGAGUGAACAGCAGGAAGUGGCCAAUGAGUUGGGAGCCAAACUGCACAAAUUCACAGACCGUGGCCACUUUCAAAACACUGAGUUUAAUGAACUGGUCACUGUGGUGCAGUCUCUGCUGAAUGUACCCACUUAGACUUAAUGAACUCUUGUUAGGCUGUUAUGACCAGAUCUGUACUUUAUAGUCUGGACCUUCAUUAAAGGACAAUAAACAGCAAAGAUUAAGUAA